CCCACCAACGCCGCAGCACAGCACCCAAGAUGGCGACGACUUACGAGAACCUCCCCAUGGACGACGAAGAGUUUGACGAAUCCCAAAUCGACUUCACCGACAUCGAAGACCAGUACCAAGUGCGCCUAGAUGAGGGGCUGGACGCGUUCGUAGUCAUUGACGGGCUCCCCGUUGUGCCCGGAGACAGCAAGGCCAAGCUCGUCAAGUUUGUGCUGAGGAAGCUGAACUCGGUGGGCAAGGUCAAGGAGGACGGCGUCCACAUGCCGGUUGGCGACGAUGGGAAGACCGAGGGAUAUGCCUUCGUCGAGUACAACGCGCCCAGCGAGGCCGUUGCCGCCGUCAAGCAGCUGCACCUGACGCCGCUGGACAAGAAGCACACGAUGCAGGUCAACAAGCUCACCGACAUCGACCGCUUUGGAAAGGAGGGUCGCGUGGAUGAGGAGUACCACGAGCCGCACAUCGAGCCGUUCCAGCAGAAGGAGCAUCUGCGCUCGUGGCUGGGCGACGCCGAGGGCCGCGAUCAGAUGGUCAUGUUCCGUAACGAGAAGGUCGGAGUCUUCUGGAACAACAAGGAAGACGGCCCGGAGCCCGUCGUGGACCGCGAGAACUGGACCGAGUCGUUCGUGCAGUGGUCGCCGCAGGGCACAUACCUCACAUCCAUGCACGCGCAGGGUGUGCAGCUGUGGGGUGGCAAGGCUUGGAGCAGGCAAAAGCGCUUUGCGCACCCCGGCGUCAACCUGGUCGACUUCUCGCCGAGCGAGCGAUAUGUUACAACGUGGUCGCACCGCCCGCUUCAGGUCGACGAGAACCACCCAGUCCCGUCUCUCUCCUUGGAGGAGGAUGGAAAGAAUUACAUCAUCUGGGACAUCGCAACCGGCAAGCCUCUGCGCUCGUUCGCCACGCUCGAUGUGCCCACAUCCACCGACGCCGAGGGCAACCCUGUGAAGAAGAAGAUGCAAUGGCCGACCUUCAAGUGGUCUGCUGACGACAAGUAUGUUGCCAGAAUGACGCCGAACCAAUCCAUCUCAGUUUACGAGCUGCCCCGCAUGAACUUGCUCGACAAACAGUCGAUCAAAAUUGAAGGUGUCGUGGACUUCGAAUGGGCACCCGCUACGCCAAAGCGAGACGGUAUCAAGACCUACGAGCAACUAUUCUGUUACUGGACACCCGAACUCGGCAGCAACCCUGCCAAGGUUGGUCUCAUGUCAGUUCCGUCCAAGGAGAUCGUCCGCACCCGCAACCUUUUCAACGUUUCCGAUGCCAAACUUCACUGGCAGUCGGAGGGCGCGUAUGUUUGCGUCAAGGUUGAUCGGCACUCCAAGUCGAAGAAAUCCAUGGCCACUAACUUGGAAAUCUUCCGCGUCAAGGAGAAGGGUGUUCCUGUCGAGGUCGUUGAUUCUCUCAAAGACGCAGUCAUCAACUUCGCCUGGGAACCUAAGGGUAACAGAUUUGUUAUCAUCACAGCUGGCGAGAUCCCUGCUGGCGCAGCGGUUCCUCCCAAGACCGCUGUCUCCUUCUUCGCCCCAGAGAAGCUCAAAGGUGGAGCUCCGGGUAACUUCCGUCACAUCAGAACCGUCGACAAGAAGAACAGCAACGCCAUCUACUGGUCACCUAAGGGACGUUUCGUAGUUGUUGCAACUCUCCAGUCACAGCAGUCAUUUGAUCUUGAUUUUUGGGAUCUCAGCUUUGAUAAGCCUAAAGAUGAAGCUGAAAAGGGCGACAAGGAACUCAAUGCCAAUUUGCAGCUCAUGGCGACCGCCGAGCACUAUGGCAUGACCGACAUCGAGUGGGACCCCUCAGGUCGUUACCUUGCCACGGUUGCCUCCGCCUUCAGACAUCACAUGGAAAAUGGUUACCAUAUGUACGACUUCAAAGGCACUCUUCUCCGCGAAGAACACAUUGACCGCUUUAAGCAGCUCAUCUGGCGCCCGCGACCCGCGACUCUUCUCUCCAAGGAAGAGCAAGCCGAGAUCCGGAAGAACUUGCGCAACUACUCUAAGAUCUUCGACGAGCAGGACCAGGCCAAGAAGAACACUGCCAACAAGGCAGUCAUUGAGGAGCGGCAAAGGAUGCUCACCGAGUGGCUCGAGUUCCGCAAGAGUAUGCGUGAGAUGCUGGAAGAGGAGGGUGCGGAGAUUGAGCUGAACAAUGGGAAGGUGAUCAGGGAAGAGGAUGGCGAAGUGGAGGAGAUUGAGGAGAUUGUCGAAGAGAUCAUCGAGGAAAGUGAGGAGGUGGUUCAGUAGAUCUACAUUGAGUUGGAAGUGCGAUGAGGUAAGCAUAAGUGUAAUGUGAAGCUUGUGCAGAUCCAGCAAGGACAAAUGCGGCAAACUUUUGCUUGACCUGAUCAUUGUGCGCAUUGAGAUGGACCACGUGCGUAUUCUAGCCUACGAAUAGCCAGAGUCUACACCUGGAAGCAUACAGCGAAAUGGGAUCUUCGUGUUAGCUUGAGCAACUCAGUGCAUGGAUACCA